GCCAGCAACAAAAAGCCUCCUCAUGAGUGACGAAGCGCCGCCGGCCGUGGCCCUCGCCGUCUUCUCGCCGCUACCGCUUACCGAGACGGGCCGGCCAGUGCUUUGGCCGUCCGAGGUUGAGGUCUACAGCCAGUCCCAUGUCUCGCUCUACGACCAGCAUGUCAAGACCCAGUACGUCCAUGGCCGGUGCGUGAUUACGACGCACCGCCUCCUAUGGCUCUCGGACGACACGGGCACCAACCUCUUCAUGCCACUGGCCGCCGUCGAUCGGCUCGGCAAGGAGGCUGGCUUUAUCACACGCUCGUCCAAGAUCAAGAUCGACUACACCCACGAAAAUGCGUCCAAGCUGCUCAAGCUGUCGUUCAAAGCGGGCGGCCGCGACGAGUUCUUUGUGCCGCUCGAGACGUCGCUGUGCCGGCGUGCGUGGGCCGACACCAAGUCGGUGAGCGCGCUGGCUGACCGCCGUCUCCAGACGCGGCAGUUUGACCCGAUGCAAGCCGGCAUUGGUGGCAUCAUGCAGCGCCGCCAAGAGGAGCAAAAGCAGACGUCGGAGCUCACGACGCAGUCGUUCUCGGACCUCAACGCGCUCAUGGACAAGGCCAAGGACAUGGUGGGGCUCAUUGAGCGGUACGUGGCGACGGCCAACAGCAGCGCGGCCGCCGAGGCAACCACCGCAGAUGAGACGACGCAGAUGCAAGCGCUCCUGCUCAACAUGGGCAUUGCAAGCCCGGUAACACGCGAGAACGCGGGCGACGCGUACCACCAGCAGCUCGCGCGCCAGCUCGCCGAGUUUCUCAAGGAACCUAUGGCGCGCCACGGCGGCAUUCUCACGCUGUCGGACAUCUACUGCCUCUUCAACCGCGCCCGGGGCACGGAGCUCAUCUCGCCCGACGAUCUGUACCAUGCUGCGAUGCUGCAAAAACCAUUGCACUUGGGCUUGCACGUGCGCAAGUUUGAUGGCGGUCUCAUCGUUCUCCAGUCUGAUUCGCACAAUGAAGAGCAGGUGGCCGUGCGUCUCGAGAACUUGGCGCGGACGGCCAAAGACAGCUGCAUCACGUCCAACGACGUGGCGACAGAGAUGCACGUAUCCUUGUCGCUCGCCCACGAGUACCUCAAGGUGGCCGAGCAGCGUGGCAAGCUGUGCCGAGAUGAUACCGUCGAAGGACUCAACUUUUACCCCAACCGGUUUCCCGAAUUUUUGGUUUAAAUCAACAGAAUCUUCUUUUGUGUACAUAAUGUAUAGAAAGGGCAC